CGCUUCGCUCCCUCGCUCCCUGACCGCUGUCGGCGCUGUCACAUAGCUCGUUUCUCCUGUAUAGGUUAGGUGCAACACCGUAUUAUUAUUACUAAUUUUGUUUGCAGUUUUCUUAAUCUAAGAACAAUGGCAUUGAAUUUGAUGGUUCGUGUUCAUCCUGUUGUUUUAUUUCAAAUAGUGGAUGCUUAUGAAAGAAGAAAUGGAGACGCACAUCGUGUCAUUGGAACUCUCAUGGGCUCCGCUGACAAAGGCGUUGUAGAAGUGACCAACUGUUUCUGCGUUCCUCACAAGGAGCACGAAGAAUUGGUGGAGGCAGAGCUGACUUACGCUAGCGACAUGUACGAGAUGAAUCAGAAGGUGAACAAGAUGGAGACCAUUGUAGGUUGGUGGGCAACGGGAAACGAGGUCACCAGUCACUCGGUUGUCAUCCAUGAUUAUUACGCGAGAGAAUGUUCGAACCCAGUUCACAUGACACUGGACACUACCUUAAGUGGAGGUCACAUGGGGAUCAAAGCAUACCUCAAUGUUUCCAUUGGUGUCCCUGGGGGCAAGUCUGGAAACAUGUUCACCCCAGUUCCUGUGGAUGUCUUGUGCUACGAGCCAGAAGUUGUAGGGAUCAAGCUAUGCCAGAAAACCCUAGGAGUUGGAUCAAAGAAGAGUGUGGAGCCGAUGACAGACUUGGCAUUGAUCGCGGAGGCAUCCCAGAAGCUGACGUCGCUGCUAGACCAUGUGCUGGCGUAUGUGGACGAUGUGUUGGCUAAUCGUAAGGCGCCUGACAAUACUGUGGGGCGAGCUCUGCUGGAUAUGGUCCACAGUGUACCCACCAUGACACCGGAGCAGUUUGAACACAUGUUCAACUCUAACAUCAAGGAUUUGUUGAUGGUCAUCACACUGUGUCAGCUAACAAAAACUCAACUGCAGCUCAACGAGAAGUUGACAUUGUUAACAUCCAUUUAAUUACUUCCUCCUAAUGUUGUGAUUUAUAAAAAAUGUAAAAAUAUAAUUAACCUCCAAAA